ACGAGCCCUCUUCUCGCUCUCUCCAAAAAACUUGUUUUACAGAGAGUGAGAAAAUGGGAGGGUGUUCAUCCAGGUCAAUGCUGGAGACCGUGGAUCUCGACGACGAACUGGAUCCUCUUCCGGCACCGGAGAAUCAAGAGACUCCGGUCAACGGGGCUGGGAAGACCGAAGAGGAAAUGUGCUCGAUCGACCUAGAUGUCACACCCGAACUUGACCUCGAACAAGUGAAACAAGAAGAGGUGGAGGUGGAGGAAGCUCAUGAGACAGCCAACGUCACACCCGAACUUGACCUCGAACAAGUGAAACAAGAAGAGGUGGAGGUGGAGGAAGCUCAUGAGGCCGCCAACGUCACACCCGAACUUGAGCUCGAACAAGAAGAGGUGAAGGUCGAAGAAGCUGAUGAGGCAGCGACCGAAGCAGAGAAGGAAGUAUCAACAACCGAAACCACCAGGGAAGAGAAAGAAUCACCCGAGCCUGAAACUUCUCAAGCAGAAGAAACCUUAGAGGCCGAGGAGGAGGUGGUGACGGCCGAGACCAUACAAGUCAAGGCAAAUGCAGAUGAGGCAACACAAGCUGAGGAUGAUCUUGAAAACUUCGAGGAGGUUGAGAAUGACCCUGAGGAAAGUGAAAACAUAAGCGAGGAUGAGGUUGUGGAGGAGGAGGAGAAGCAAUUACCUGAGACUCUGAGGUCGAGGGUUAGGGGGUGGAUUCAGGGUUCAAUCCACCGUUUUCCUCUUCCUUCACAUUUCUCUAAUUUCAAAAUUCCCUCUUUUUGAAGAAUCAUAGCUAACUAUUUGCUUCUUAUAGAAUAACAUUUUCAAGAUGGUGGUUGUUGAGCUUGAAAGUUGUAAGCUCGUGUGCAUCCUGUGAUUUUGUUGAAUCAAUAUAUAGUUCUAGCGAGGAAUGUUAUUUUAGGUGCACGUAUUAUAUAAUUGACCAUCGAUCCUGUAUA